AUGCCUCCACAUUCUAUAGUGAACUCAGCCUCUUCUAAGUUUAAAGUAGGUAUAUCUAGGAUGAAAGCUUACAGGAAAAAGGUAGAGGCACUUCAAAUCACUGAAGGAAUAGUUGCUGAGCAAUAUGCCAUGCUUUGGGAUUAUUGCCAUGAGCUAGAAGACAAAAUCCCUAGCUCCACAACAAAGAUGCACUGUGAGUUUGUUGAUGAUGCCUGCCAUUUAAAAGGGGUUUAUGAUGGACAGUUGCUUACAGCAGUUGGAAUCUAUCCCAAUAAUGAGACUUGGGUGCUAGCAUAUGCUGUGGUUGAGAUGGAAACAAGGGAGUCAUGGACAUGGUUCAUUGAUCUGUUGGCCAAGGAUGUGGACAUAGUUAAUUCCCAUGGAUGGGUCUUUAUAUUUGACAAGCAAAAAGGACUGCCUGGUGCAUUUGAAGACAUUGUGCCUAAUGCUGAGACAAGAUUCUGUGUGAGGCACCUUUGGGAUAACUUCAACAAAACCUACAAAUGUAAAGUUUUGAGGGAUCAGUUAUGGACAUGUGCUAGAGCUAUCAAUGUUCCUUGUUUUAACUACCAAAUUGAAGUAAUGAAGACCUUCGAUAGCAAUGCUUGGGAGUGGCUUGCUGAGAAGCCACCAAUACAAUGGUCUAAGUCUCAUUUCAGAACAAAUAUGAAGUGUGACAUGCUGCAGAAUAACUUGUGUGAAAACUUCAACAAUAAUAUUAAGAUAGCAAGGGACAAGCCAAUUAUCACAAUGCUAGAGAUGAUCAGAAAGUGGGACUUGUCAGACAUUCCUUCUGCUCAUGGAAUUGUUGCCAUACAUUACAAAGGAGGUAAAGCUGUGGAGGAUUAUGUGCAUUCAUACUACAGCAAGGACAGUUACAUGGCCCUCUAUAACAAUCUCAUUAUGCCAAUUAAUGGGUCACAACUAUGGGAAAAGACAAACCAUACAGCAAUAAAGCCACUAGCCUACACUAGACAACCUGGAAGACCUAGAAAUGUGAGGAUAAAAAGAGCUAAAGAGAGAAUAGAUAAGACUGGGAAAAAAUGGUUGGGAAGACAAGGAAUGCAAAUGAGGUGUAAUAUUUGUGCCUCAACUGGCCAUGACAAAACCACUCACCAUCAGAAUAUACCUCAAAAGGAAAAACCCUUAUCAAGGGGUAAAGGAAGACCAAGGAAAAUACCUAACCAAGACCCUGCAGUUGCUGCUGAUGAAGCAAAAGCAACUGCAAGAGUAAGGAGAAAGCUUGCAUAUGCAAGGGCAAAGGCUGCUGCUGCUGCAAAGAAGGCUGCACUAAAUGCUUCCCAGCCAAAUGCAGUUGAUACUGCUGGAAUAGGAUUAAGAGCAUCCAAGAGACAGAGAACAUAG